CCUCUCGGGUGGAAUCUGUCAAGUCUCAAGAGAAGUCUCUGCCUGCCACACUGGUGCUGCUGGAGCCAACGUGAGCCAGCAAGUGAUGCAGAUCCCCUCGUUCCUCCCCAUUCCUGCUGCUGAUAGUGACUGGGCUGAUUGUGUGCCCUGCCAUCCUCUGGGUGACAUGCUGCUGUGGACAGCUCUGCUCUUCUUGGCUCCAGUGGCUGGGACACCUGGUCUCCCGAAGGCUGUCCUGGACCUUGAGCCCCCGUGGGUCAAUGUGCUCCAGGAGGAUCCCGUGACCCUGAAGUGCCAGGGGGCCCGCACCGCUGUGGACCACGUCACCCAGUGGUUCCAUAAUGGGAGCUCCAUCCCAGCCUUGGUCCAGGCCAAGUACAGUUUUAAGGCCAGACAACAGGACAGCGGGGAGUACAGGUGCCAGACGGACCAGACCAGCCUCAGUGACCCUGUGCAUCUGGAUGUGACUUCCGACUGGUUGCUGCUCCAGACCCCUCGCCUGGUGUUCCAGAAGGGGGAGCCCAUGGUGCUGAGGUGCCACAGCUGGAAGAACAGGAGUCUGUACAAGAUCACAUUCUUCCAGGACGGGAAAUCCAAGCAGUUUUCUUCUCUGAAUUCCACAUUCUUCAUCCCAGAGGCAAACCUCAGCCACAGUGGCGACUACCACUGCACGGGAAUGAUAGGGCAGAUGCUGCGCCUCUCACAGCCUGUGGCCAUCACUGUCCGAGGGUCCAGCUGGAGCGACUCCUCCAUGGUGAUGACAGCUGGGGCUGUGGUCGCCGGCACCGCUGCGGUGGCCAUCCUCGCCGCUGCCGUGGUCUGGUUCCGCCUCAGGCAAAAGCAAACUUCAGCCCAUGUCACUGAUACUGAAGAGGCUGCCAAAAUUGAGGACGAGAAUACCAUCACCUACUCACUUCUCUUGCAUCCGGAGGAAGAGGCAGAGGCCUCUGAUUACCAGAACCACAUUUAGUCUCCAUUGUCUUGCCUGUGACCCAGGGAAGGGCAUCAGAGAGGCCAGGACGCCUGACCUAAGCUCGCCUUAGGGAAGACAAGAAGAUGCCACAGUUCCAAAGGAGAAGAGGGACACUUUCAGAGUCAGCUGCAUGAAUCCUGAACCUCCCUGUCCUAAAAGUCACAGACAACGGGGUCCCAGAUGACUGACUGCCCUGGUUCCUUCUGUGUCUCGGCACUUCUCUCCAUCAGGACUCUUCUGCAUACGUCCACACGGCAGAUAAAAAUUACUUUUAUUAAGAGGUAGUAGCAACAUGGGAAAUGCUUAUGUUAUAGGUUACCUAAGAAAAUUAUGUAGGUGUAUAUGAUUUCAGGAAUGUCGAAGCAGAUUAACAUUUGCCAACAUAUUAAAAGUGAUGUUUCAGGGUGAUGGGAUUAUUGGUGAUUUUCGUUUUCUUUAUUUUUCUAUAUAGACCAUGUAUUACCUUUAUAAUAAAA